AUGUUGAUGGCGGGCGCUUUGCCGGCCGAGCCCGAGGGGCUGCUGGCUUUGGGCGCUCUGCCCGGACAGAAAGACACCACAUGGACUAAGCUCUUCGUAGGAGGACUGCCAUAUCACACGACAGACAAAAGCCUGCGGGAGCAUUUCGCCGUUUAUGGUGACAUUGAAGAGGCAGUCGUUAUCACAGACAGACAGACGAGUAAAAGCAGGGGAUAUGGAUUUGUAAUAAUGGGUGAUCGGGCGGCCGCGGAGCGGGCUUGCAAGGACCCAAAUCCUAUCAUAGAUGGGAGGAAGGCAAACGUCAACCUCGCAAUACUUGGAGCAAAGCCUAGAGGGAAUUUAGCACCAGGUUUUGGCUUGGCAGCGGCGGCGGCGGCGGGUGUACGAGCCGGCUACCCCACUGUUUUACCGUCCCCAUAUGGGUUGUCCCCUGGCUACAUGUAUGGAGCGCCAGGGUACGCUGUAGGAGGGGUUGGGGCAGGAGUUGGCACUGGAGCUGGUGGUCUGGUCCAGUUGCCACAGCUCCAGCAUGCUGCAGCUGUUGCAGCGGCCAAUCAUUUGUACGAAUAUCAAGCGGCCGCUGCGCAAGGCGCCGCAGCCUACCAGCAACAGUACGCUGCUGCUGGAUUUGACCCAUAUGCUACCGCCGCAGCUGCGGCGGCAGCAGCUAGCGGCGCUGGAUAUGUAUCACCUUACUACGCGUUGCCAGGUGGAGGGGUUCAAGCGCCACUGCUGCCACAUCUUCCAUAUCCACCUCAGCUCCAAGAGGCGCGAAUGCAAUGA